AAGAAGAAGAAGAGGGGCGGUAUCAGCUUGGGGAAGGUCGGACAGUAAGAUGGCGGCCUCCGCACUGCGGGUUAUCGGUUCGAAUCUCACUAAAAACCUGCGCGAACUUCGCCUCCAUUUGUGUCAGACUUCAGCAGCCAGUGAGGGCGCGAGGGAUUUUGUACAGCAGCACUAUGUGACCCUGAAGAAGGCGAAUCCUGGGUUUCCCAUCCUGAUCAGAGAAUGUUCUGGUGUUCAGCCUCGACUGUGGGCGAGAUACGCGUUUGGUAAAGAGCAGAGUGUUCCUCUGGACAACAUGAGCGCUGAUCAGGUGGCUAAAGUUCUGGAGAACGUCAUCAGUGUCAAAGCCUGAGAUGUGUUCUUCAGCUUCCUCGAGUGUGUGUGUGUGUGUGUGUGUGUGUGUACCUGUAAUUAAAGUGUUUGUGAGUUAAGAAAUCUCUCAAUAAAUCUUCUUUAUGAUGUAA